AUGUCCUAUACAGUAUUCCCACCCCUUGCACUGCUAUCCAGGAUUGGCCAUGAUCUCCUUCAAGGCAUGGCUGAAAGAGGCUCUCCAUUCAGGUUUAAAUUUCAACCAGUUCAGAGACAUCCUGCAGAAGAUGUAAGCCCACCACCUGUGCUUGCUGCAACCCAAAAGACUGACCUCAGGAAAUGCGAUCCACCUCUGCCUGCUGCAGCCCAAGAGACUGAACUAGCGGAAUGCCCACCACCUGUGCUUGAUGCAACCCAAAAGAUGGAGCUACAGGAAUGUCCACCACCUGUGCUUGCUGCAGCCCGAGAAUCUAAACUAGAGGAACAAAUUAAUAGGUUGCAAAUACUGGCUGAGGUGGCAUGCCAAAGAAAGGAGGAAAUGGAGGCGGCUAAAAUGCGAGCAGCCUUUACACAAAUAAUUAACCCCCUGUCACUAGACUUGCUUCCUGUUCCAAACCCCUAUAACUGUUCUAACGCUCUUAUGAGGAAUGGUGGCUUUUUUUCUCAUUAG